AUGUUCCGCGACGAAAGCAAAUCAGUAGUUCGAAAGGCGGCUGCGGCCUCGACACAUAAGAAUAAACGAGCACAGCGAUCGCCUCGCACUGCAAUCCCAGAAGGGAAUCCUGUGCGGCCUGAGCUUGGCACCGCGGAGGUGGAGCUGGACUUUGACUUCAACACUGAUCCACAGCAUGUCUAUCUUAUGCGACAGCUCUGGAAUUGCCCAUUGGAGAUCCAGCCCUCACAGGAGCUCGAAACCACCAAAUACGAAGCAAUCUUCCGGGGGCCUGCGAGUCAGCAAGCUAUGAAGGCAAGUGUGGUUGCUACUGCCACGGCUAUGCUCUCGCGAGUAAGAGGAUUACCAUCGCUUAAAGAUGUAUCCCGUCGGGAGUAUGGAUCCGCUUUGAGAUUGCUUAACACCACUCUAGCCGAUGUGGAGGAAUCGAAGACAAAUCAAACAUUAGGCGCUGUUAUAUUACUUGCCAUAUAUGAAUUGAUUACAUCGAGAGCCCCGGAAGAUCUUCAGUGUUGGACCAACCAUAUCAAUGGGGCAACAGCCCUGCUCGAUAUACGAGGCACUGAUCAGCUUAAGACUGACGCCGGUCUUCGCUUGUUUUUGUACCUUCGGUUUCAGAUUACCAUCAGUUGCCUACAACGAGACGCACGAGUGCCUGAGUCAUUACUUGAAUGCACGAAACUCGCCAUGUUUCUUCAGCCAGCAGAAGCUCACGGCAAUCGCCUAGUCAUGAUAAUUGGCAAACUAUCGAACCUUCGCGCCGACAUCUGCGCCAAUAUGUACAGCGACGAGCGGGAAAUCGUAUCAGCAGCGUCGGCCAUCGAAGCCGAUUUAAUUGCCUGGCUGGCAGCUCUUCCCCCGGAAUUCAGCUACACCACGCAUAUAACCACUCCCUUUGACUCUGCCUUCCAAAAGCGAUUCCGAGGCAUAUCGCCGUACGACAACCAAUACCACGUGUACCCUUCCGCCUGGGCCUGCAGUUCUUGGAACCAUUACCGCAGCGCGCGAAUCAUCGUCAGCGAAAUAAUCCUUAACCGCAUCCGGAAAAUAUCCAACAGUUCCUCUAUGGCCUCAUUGUCCGAAGAGUUCCGCCUCCAAUGCAGGACACUGCGAUCUACGAUCCGGCGCUUAGCCGUGGAGAUCUGUCGCAGUGUUCCGUUUCACUUCAACGCCCACCAUGUAGAGCGGGAGUCUAAUCUCCCACCGCCAGAGAGCUACCUUGGGGGUCUUGUGCUCCUCUGGCAUCUGUUUGUGGCUGGAGUUGUUGAGGAUUCCGGACACGGGCUGCACCGCUGGGUGAUCAAGUGUUUGGAAAUGAUUGGAAACACGAUGGGUAUCGACCAGGCGCUGGCAGUGGCGGAUAUCGUCGCUGCUGAUCCUGGAAUUUUACAUCCUGCGACCGAGGAAGAAGACCAUCACCCGAGUGUCCUAAGCGUUUGA